AUGUGUCUGGAUCAGUUUCACAAGCUUUUGAAGGCUGGGAUUAUGACAGUUUUUGUGACCGGAGAUAGUAAACAUUCUGAGGAUGAUGAAACUCACUCUGAAACUGAGAUCAAGUCUGACUCUGACUCAAACACGCAUCCUGAAGAAAAGACGAUCUUCAUUAUGGGGGCGGCGACACACACAGUAUCCAUUUUAGUAUCAAAUUUUACAACAAUCGAUGAUAUCCUUGACCAUCUGUGUCAGUGGCAUUUUGUACCUUUAUGUGACCACCUUCUUAGGACCCAUACUCUUCACAUGCCUGGUCUAGCUGGCCCUAUGACUCAUUUUUAUCUUUCUGAAUGUCUUCUGGGAGGAGCCCCUUUCGAAUUUGAGGCAUGUGCUCGUGAUGAACAGGGCAACCUCAAAGAUGCCAAUGAUAUUGAUUGGUACAAUGAUGCUGAUGAUGUGGCUCCCACCAAGAGCGCAGGCCCUUCUAGCAGCAGCGGUCAUGAUCACCAUAACAAAAAGAUGGCAAAGCUUCAAGCCUCAAUCGCAAUUGAACAGGAGUCCGAUGAUGAUACAGCUGGCAGGCAACCUACUCGGAAGCGAUGGCGGCACAAUAAGGGUAAGAAAAAAGCUGUUGAUGAUGGCAUAGCCAAAGGGGAGGACUCCAGUAGUGACUUCUCUGAUGCCAAGGUGUCUGACGAGUCUGAUUCCGACACUGAUGUAGAGAUACCAAAUGAUGAGCUGGUGGCAUCCCUAUCAUCAAAAACCAUUCCGGAGGACAAGCUUGCCAAGGCAUCUGGAGACCUUGAUGCUGCCUUCACACAUCAGGCAGCACAGGCUGUGGGCGAUUGGGACCAGAAAAAGUUUGAGUGGCUACUUAUUGAAUGGAUUGUGGCCUGCAACCAGCCUUUCGAAGAGGUUGAACACCCUGAAUUUUGCCGCCUGUUACAGUAUACACAUCAUCCCUUGCCAUCACUUCAUAUACCGUCCGCAGAUACCAUCCAGCAUAAGAUUAUGAAGAUGGGUGAUGGGGUUGCGAAGAGUUUAUGCAUGUUCUUUGAGGGAAAGUUAGAGAAAAUACUCAUCAACUUCCAAGAACUCAUUGGUGAGCAUUCGGGAGAGAACAUAGCCGAGGUGGUAUGGGACACACUUGUGAAAUAUAGCCUUGUCGGCCAUGUGAUGGCAUUCAUGAUGGACAAUGUCACGAAUAACGAUACUAUGGUGAAAGCCAUCAAGCAGAGGUGCAGGGAACAAGCGAUUCCGUUUUCAGCCAGAAAUUCAUGUCUCCAUUGCAUGCUGCAUACGGUCCAUCUCACUGUUGUCAAGUUAUUAGAAGGAAUUGGUGCAAUAUCCAAAGACGACGGGAAAAAAGCAAAGAAUAGCCAUACUUCAUCUUACCAGGACUCAAUAUCUGCUCCACUUGAUGCUUCUCAUAAUGAUGAGGCUGCAUUAUUAGAUGAGGAAGCUGAACCUGAGAAUUCCAAUGAUUUUGGGUCAUUUGCAGGAUCAUCAAGCCUGAACAUGGUUGUGUUGAAGGUUGUUUGA